AUGGAUAUGAGCAGCAGCUCACCUGUUAUCACCGAUCCGAUAUCGAUAAGCCCACCGCUGUUGGGAGGCUUGACAUCAAACCUGAUGCCGUUUUCAGUCAUGUCUGGAGGUUGCUCCAGUCCUAGUAUGAACGCCAGUAGGCGUAAAAUCGAGGAGGUCCUUGUUAGUGGCCUGCUAGAUGCAAUGAAAUCCUCGUCGCCUCGCAGGAAGCAAAAUAUCGCCUUUGGACAAGAUAAUUCUCUCGACGAAGAUCCUGCUUACAAUGCAUGGCUGUCAAAAUGCCCUUCUGCGUUGACCUCCUUCAAGCAGAUAGUAGCCAAUACACAAGGCAGGAGGAUUGCUGUGUUCUUGGAUUACGACGGUACCCUGUCGCCAAUCGUUGACGAUCCCGACAAAGCAUUCAUGUCCCCUGUGAUGAGAGCUGCUGUCAGAAAUGUUGCAAAGUACUUCCCUACUGCAAUUGUCAGUGGAAGGUCCCGUAAGAAGGUAUUUGAAUUUGUAAAACUGAAGGAACUAUACUACGCUGGGAGUCAUGGGAUGGACAUAGUAACAUCUGUAGCAGCACAUGCUACUGAAAAGUGCAAACAAGCCAAUCUCUUCCAACCUGCUUGUGAAUUUCUUCCUAUGAUUGAUGAGGUUUCCAAGUCCCUCUUGGAGGUCACGAGUGUUAUUGAAGGUGCAAGGGUUGAGAACAACAAGUUCUGUGUAUCUGUACAUUACCGCAACGUAGCAGAGAAGGACUGGAAAGUGGUUGCAGGACUGGUAAAACAAGUCUUGGAGGCCUUUCCUCGUCUCAAAGUAACCAAUGGGCGAAUGGUUUUAGACGUUCGUCCAGUGAUCGACUGGGACAAGGGAAAGGCUGUCGAGUUUCUGCUUCAAUCACUCGGCUUAAACGACUCUGAAGAUGUGAUUCCUAUCUACAUCGGAGAUGAUCGAACGGACGAAGACGCCUUCAAGGUACUUCGAGAGCGAAAAUGUGGAUACGGAAUCCUAGUUUCGCAGGUGCCCAAGGACACUGAAGCCUUCUACUCGCUGAGAGACCCAUCUGAAGUGAUGGGGUUCCUCAAUUCCUUGGUGAGAUGGAAGAAGCACUCACUGUGA